AUGGCAGUGUCAGCCACGACAACCCCUACCCCAACCCACGGUGGCGAAAGAGGCAGUUGGUGGUCUGGCAUCCGCAUGUUGGUUGUUUGGGUGCUUCAUCCCUUCCCAGAGAACAGGAUCGAUAAAGGCAGGGAAGUCUUUGCGGGUUUGCGAGACCUACUGUUGCUGGUGAUUUUGGUCGCCUGGUGGGUUGGGCUGAGUGAGCACAAGAAGCAUCGGCCCUGGGGCCUGAUAGCUCUCCUCUAUGUCCUCCCGCGGUGGAAGUGGUGCACGGCGCCAUAUGGCACACGGGUACUCGCCGCUGCCCCCGCCGACACUGCCCCUGCCCCCGCCGACGUUCCUCCUCCCUCCGCCCGCCGAGCCCAGUGCCUCGCUCCUUCGAUUGCUGUGACACCCUCCUUCGCUCUCUGA